AUGCCCAAGAAACAUGUCGAGCGUCGCAACCGGAUUAUCUAUCCAUUAUCGAUCACCCAGCUCGACCAGCGGGAUCUGACUUCGAUAAUUGAGAUCCUCCUUAUCGAUAGCGAAACGGACCGUGCGAAAGUAGCGUACCUGGGCCAGUAUCGAGGCUAUAGAACGUCCACGGCAAUCAGGACCGGCAUUCACACUCUCCGAUGGCAACUGCAAGCAAACGCCCUGUUCCGAUUGCUCUUCGGCCCCUCCAAGGUCGUGCUCUGCGAGGUGCACAAGGGAUUUAAUCCCUGGAUUAUCCACAGUCUCUUCAAAUUACUGGUAAAAGAGGUCACAGCCUUCUUGGAUGAGCUGUACUGGUUCUUGGAGUAUCUCAAAGACGAUGUCAAGGAGAUGCUGCGCGCUCUUAAUUCGAUCGCCGGCAUGUGGUGGCGUCCCAAAAGCAGGCACGACCUUCCUCCUUUCCAUGCGAGGUAUUACCAAGAGAAUCGUUGCGAGGCGUGUAUGCUUGCGCGUGUCGUUACCAAGACUCCCGACUUGCAGAAUCUCCACGCCACCCUUCUGAGUCGCAGAAGAGAAGAUAGGUCUGAAGAACACCCUGAGCUUCAGAAAUUCGUUGAUGCGGCCAUCAGUUUAACCGGAUUUACCCCUGAUAUGCUCCAAGAUGGCAUGGGAUUGGCGGCCAGAGCCAGAGCGGCCAGAAAGGCAGCACGCAGAUUCGCGAGAAAACAAAUGAAGGGACCAAGACCAAUGCACUAUAAAGGAAAAAAGAAGAGAUCCCAUUGCAUAACCAUCCAAUUAAAGGCAGAAACGCCCGAGGAAGCGAACAAAGAGCGAAAAGAAAUCCUGGAGAUGUUGGCGCGUCUUAAAGGCGAGCCCUCCGAAAAGCUGGACGAUCUUGCUAACGACAUGGCUAGAGAAUUCAAGUGCGACGUGGAACGCACAGUCAAUGCUAAGCCUGAGGAGCUCCCAGACUAUGCAGACAACGAGCAGGUGUCAAUGCCUGCCCCUAGCUAUCAUCGUGAAAGUCUUGAGAGCGAAGCGGAAGCCAGUGAUAGUCUAUCGGAGAACGAUCUGAGCAUCAACGGCAGACAAACGGACUUCACGCCUGCACCCAGCUAUCAUUCUGAUCUGAAUCAUGUUGGGUCGCAAAAUCCUCCGGGUGUAAGUGCCACCAGUUUAAAUAGCUCAAAUUACCGGUCGCCCACGGUUGCGACUGGAUCAUCCACUCCAGAUCAUGCUUCGGACAUUCGGUCCCGCCUUGGUGACGACGAACCUCUACGUCCUAUCGUCGAGGAGUCUCGCAGAAGUAGCGACACACUGCCGAUGGAGGCCAAGACCAAUGGAUCGGCAAUCCCCUCACUCAUGUCUGAUAUGCCAGAGAAGAAAUCUGUGAAAUUUGCGGCGCCCACAAAUGUUGCACCUGUGCGAGGGAGCCGCCUGCCGCAGAACUUGUUCAGGUUCCGAACGUCGACAUGA